UGGGGCUAGCUAACACCCGUUGACGAAUGACUACUUAGCAAAGUCCCGCUUGGUUUAAAAGUAAUAAAUGUUUAAUAUUAUUUUCGCUAUAAUGUGUACUCUGCGAAUAAUAUUAUAUGUAUACGUUGUUGGGGCCUGCAACGUUACCUCAACGCUCGUUGGUUGUUUCUGUCUGGCAAGAUCACAUGAUCCGAGGAUGUCCAACAGUCUGUGAUCGUUAGCUUGUUAGCUGCGUUAGCACCGAGCUUUAGGAGUACACCAGGAAACGGUGUGACCUUACGUUACUCGAGGAGCUGUCAAACAUAUACAUUACUAUUAUUUCCGUUAUUGCAGCAGCGGUCUGGCCCAAACUGUAAGCUGGUUGAACGUUACUUACAUGGCUGCUCACAUCAUCAUUAAACAAAUGAGCAUGUGACCAAAGAACAGUGUCUACAGCACAUGAUCUGGACAAGUGGAGGAGGCCAAAAUCAAUCAGGGGUAAAUUAUUUCAAAGUGGUCGAUCGGGAGUAAAUAGCCAUGACAACAAAGACAUCCCUGCUUAAAGUCAUUCUGCUGGGUGAUGGUGGUGUAGGAAAAAGCUCCAUCAUGAAUCGUUAUGUUACCAACAAGUUUGAUGCACACCUUUUCCACACCAUUGGUGUAGAGUUCCUCAACAAGGAACUUGAGGUAGAUGGCCACCAGGUUACCCUACAGAUCUGGGACACUGCUGGCCAGGAGCGCUUCCGCAGCCUGAGGACUCCUUUCUAUCGUGGCUCUGACUGCUGCUUGCUCACCUUCAGUGUAGAUGACAACCAGAGUUUUCUCAACUUAGGCAACUGGAAGAAGGAGUUCAUCUACUAUGCAGAUGUCAAGGAGCCAGAGAAGUUCCCAUUCGUAGUCUUGGGCAACAAAGUGGACGUGACAGAGAGGCAGGUGUCUACUGAGGAGGCUCAGCAAUGGUGCCAGGAGAACGGCGACUUCCCCUACUAUGAGACCAGUGCCAAGGAUGCCACCAAUGUAGCAGUGGCCUUUGAGGAGGCAGUGCGUAGAGUGUUGGCAUUGGAUGAAAGAACGGACCACCUCAUCCCCACAGACACAGUCAAGCUCCACAGAAAGCCUCGCUCUGCUGCCACUUGCUGUUCAUAACAUCCAGGAGUUAUCACUAACAUUAAUUUGCUGUUAUGCCUGUUAUGUGAUGAGGCUGUAGGUUUACAAUGCUGAAGUAACCUCUUAUUUAAACAAAUAAUGCUACUGGCUUUAUGUUUUCGUAUACUGUUGAAGGUUUGAUAAUGCUAAUAGUUGGACUUCUGUUUGAAGAGAAGAAACACUAAGUUUCUAAUUACAAAUAAACAUUAAAUGACUGAAUCGUUCACUCAGCGCUGCCACGGUUCAAAGGCUAGGCUUUGGAGUGGUAGCAGAGGCCCAAGACUAUCUGUGGGUAAAAAUAUGUCAUAACAGAGCAGGGGCAAUGUAUUUGAAAAAUUUCACUUCCCUCUCAAAUGCUUAAAUGUUCCCUUCUGUCAUGAAGGCAAAUUGUAAUGUGACUCUUUAAAAUAUGUGUUUAGAUGUGUACUACCUUGUGAGUGGGAUUAUAACAGGGUUUCUGAACUUCACUCCCAAAUGUAAUAAUGCAGAUAGUGAUGACCUGUAUAUUUAUAUUCAGAAAAUAACAGCAUAAUUCAAUAAUUUAUGCAGCCCAAUAACCUUAUUUCUGAUUAUUAAUUAUGAAGUAGCUAAGGCACUACUUUGUGUAACUAACAAAUGAGAUGUGUCGUGAUUAUUGCACCUUUAGGUCUUGUUUGUGCACAUUCUGCAUAGUGAAUAGAUUAUGGUUAUAUGCUGGAAGCACUGAGGGACAAGAUCCCUAACAGAAGAUAAAUAUUAAAGCAAAGUUAACAUGCAUGGCAUAUGGUGUAUUUAAGUUUCUGGAAACUUUUGUAUUUUAUAAACUCUUUUUACCUUGAAAGUCACUGAAUGAGUAUUUCCUUGAGGAAAUUGUAAUGAGAUGGCAGACAUGGUUGAGUAAACUUUUUUCCUCAUUGUUUGUUUUAAAUAAUGAUUUUGAUUUACAUUACAUUAACAUUUUUUUAUACUUACAGUUGAAAGUAUUUCCCCACAGCUUAAUAUUUGAAAUGGUGAACCAUUCAUUUGCCUAAACCAUUUCUCAUUCAGAUAUCAUUUAUUUUCAAAGUUGUACUAGUAUGCUAAAUGAUAAAUAAACCCCCUGAGAAUUGUC